UCAACAUUGUGUUUAGUAAAAUUUGUUUCUAGACGCAAAACGAUAAUGGACCUUUGAUGACAGAAGAGGAGCUUUUGGACAACUUAGGGAAAAUGCUGUUCAAACUGAUUGAUUCAGACACACUCGAGUGUUUCGGUUGGCCCGACGAGCCAGUUGAUGUGGUGUUAGAGAAAGUGAUCGAGCACUGCGGAGCUAAACCAGCGGAUCGCACGAUGUGGACGCGCAUGCAACGCCUCCGAGAGAACACGAAGCAUCUCUUCCUGUACGUGAUAGACGACAAGAACAUCGCCCGCAUGCUGGACACGCACACCAUAGACCAGAUCGUCAAACAUAUACUCGCCCAAGUCAGCGACACCGACAAAUGAUUAUGUUCGACUUCAACAGUGUGCCCCUUAACUUAUUGAAGUCGAUGGAGAAUCCGCGGCAUUGUCAUACAGUACACGCGCGUGUCCCGUGGUAGGACCUCUUGUGAGUCCGCGCGGGAACACUAUCAAUCGAUGGGUUGUGACUUCAAUAGAGCGCUUUAGGUUGAAAUAACGAAUUAUUUCAAUUUGCAUUUUGCUUAUAAAUAUGAGUAUAGUAACACAUUUAUUUUAUGCAGUUGUAUAUCAUAUAACAAAACGUGAUGAAUAUGUGAAGUGAUAUCAUAUUAUUAUGUAGUUUAGCUCGGUAAUUUAUUAAAAGCGGCAUAAUAUACUUGAGUUGGUGCUUUCCAUAUUUAGAGAGUAGGUAUAGUAUCAAAGAACAAUGGCAGAAAUGUAUGGGACAAUUGUACCACUAUAAAGUUUCAUGUUUUUUCAUAUAGGUUUAUUUAUUUGAUAGAUAAUAUUUAAAUUGUCGAAUAUAAUUUUAAUUAUCAGAUUUUUAGAACUUUGCAAACAUAGCUAUUGUGCCUUCAUACGUAGUGAGUUUUUAACGGGAACGCAGAAAUGUCAUGUGGCCGCUCUUAAAUUAUAUUCAAUAUUUUAAUGUUUUGUGGUGUUAUAUUAAAUGAUUUUGUUAGCAUUUUAUGUAAUUUACUUUAGUCAAAAACUCAACCAUACACAUAAUUUCAAUACGUACAAUGUACACACCAGUACACAGAACUGUUAACGCUAGAACUAUAUUUUUUUAAAACAGUGGAACCGGCAUACGAUUUUUUUUGUCCAUUCAUCCGUUUGGACUGGCAAAGGAUACACAGCCCAUACAGCCAAGCCUUCCAAUUAGCUUUUAGCAAAAAGUCAUUUUCAUUAAAUCUAUACUGCUGUAGACGUAUUUUUUGUCUGUCUGUACAGUAUCGAUUGCAUUCCGUUUAGUAAAGCAGUUUUUCCUAACACAUGGCAAGUUUCAAAAACUUAUAAUGCGUUUUGUUAUCAAUGAUCAACGUUUAGUUGCUAUCUUAUUUACAAAUAUUUAUUUUUGUUUUUACAGAGUUUUAAAAAUAUAAUAAAUACACGAAAAUAUUUGGAUUAUUAAAUAUACCCUUUACAAAUCAGACAACUUUUAUAAGGAAACAAAAACUGUCGUUCAUCUUUCACGAUAUCCCAGAAAACUUUUUUUUAAUAAAUUUUACUACGAAAAUUUUACACGGUUUUAGAACAUACUU